UCGGCCCGAGUGCGCGUCUAUUCGGAGGCGCGUGGUAGUGAUGGCGGCGCUCAGCGAGGCUUUCCUGUCACUGGAUACUACUACUCCCAGCCCGCCUCGGAGCCGCCCGAGCCACCCCUCGGUCUUUAGUUUACGAGUGGCAAUCUGACUUGCUCUGCUGCAUGUCUGGAGGGACCGAAGAAAGUGUGGAGACGCCCCGGGGAUUUAGGGAUCGCAGUUUGGAAAGCAAGCCAGCCAAACAAAUAAACCAAACCCACCCGCCCUAACAAAUAUGAGGCUGCUGGAGAGGGUGAGGAAAGAAUGGUUCAUGGUCGGAAUAGUGGUGGCGAUCGGCGCCGCUAAGCUGGAGCCGUCCGUCGGAGUGAACGGGGGACCACUGAAGCCAGAGAUAACUGUGUCCUACAUUGCCGUUGCAACAAUAUUCUUCAACAGUGGACUGUCAUUAAAAACAGAGGAGCUGACCAGUGCACUGGUGCACUUGAAGCUGCAUCUUUUCAUCCAAAUCUUCACACUUGCCUUCUUCCCAGCAACAAUAUGGCUCUUUCUUCAGCUUUUAUCAGUCACAACCAUCAACGAGUGGCUUCUAAAAGGUUUGCAGACAGUAGGUUGCAUGCCUCCCCCUGUGUCUUCUGCUGUGAUUUUAACCAAGGCAGUUGGCGGAAAUGAGGCGGCUGCAAUAUUUAAUUCAGCGUUUGGAAGUUUUUUGGGCAUUGUUGUGACUCCAGUGCUCCUGCUGCUUUUCCUCGGCUCAUCCUCUUCCGUGCCUUUUACAUCCAUUUUCUCUCAGCUUUUUAUGACGGUGGUAGUUCCUCUUAUCAUUGGACAGAUUGUCCGAAGAUACAUCAAGGACUGGCUGGAGAGGAAGAAGCCGCCAUUCGGUGUGGUCAGCAGCAGUGUGCUUCUCAUGAUCAUCUACACCACCUUCUGUGACACCUUCUCCAACCCAAGCAUCGACCUGGACAAAUUCAGCCUCGUCCUCAUACUGUUCAUAAUCGUCUCUGUUCAGCUGAGCUUCAUGCUUCUGACUUUCAUCUUCUCCACAAGGAAUAACUCGGGGUUCACACCAGCAGACACGGUGGCUAUCAUCUUCUGCUCUACACACAAGUCCCUCACCUUGGGAAUCCCGAUGCUGAAGAUAGUGUUUGCAGGUCAUGAGCAUCUCUCGCUGAUAUCCGUGCCCUUGCUCAUCUACCACCCAGCUCAGAUCCUCCUGGGAAGUGUGUUAGUGCCAACAAUAAAGUCUUGGAUGGUGUCGAGGCAGAAGGGAGUGAAGCUGACAAGGCCAACAGUAUGACUCAGGCGCCUUCCUGGAGCGGUGUACAUAUGUACAGGGUUGUACAUACAGGGGAUUCUGAGGACUUGUCCUUGUGAAUGUUGCUUUGAUGCCUAUUUUAUUUUUUUACAGAAAAAAUAUGAUAUACCUGUUUAAGUGCCUUAAAAUGUUUUUGACAAGAGCGUUAUUUCCAAAACAUACUCUGUUGGUUACUGCCAUGGGUAGUGUACAGUAUUUUGGACUUAAUUUUUUUUCCCUAAGGCAGGAAAAAAGUUCUAGUAAGAGACAAAAAGCUAACAGGUUUUCUUCAUACUGCCUUUGUGCAAGACUCUAAUAGCACUGCAACAUUCAAAAUGAGGUCAUGCCAUCCAGAAACCUCCCUCCUGGGGACAGUGAGAUUCCAGAGUCUCUUUCACACACUUUGAGUCACCAUGUGGUUCUUUGUUUCUAAGACUGUGAUGUGCCUCUUAUCAACUCAGCAGGGGACAUAGAUCUCAGAGAUGCUGAGAAGCGUGAGGCACCUCAUUCCUUGAUACCGUCUUCUCUAGACAGUCCUUCCAUUAGUUCCCACACACUCCAGAAACUCUCAGUUCCAGAACAAGAGUAUGCUGGUGGUGGGGAGGUUUGCAGCUCAAAUGUAUUAUAAGCUGCUUCAAAGAGAGUCCUGAUGAGUGUUGAGGUGAACUCAGACAGUGGUUUGGGAUGUUUGCAAUCAUACCUCAGUAUGCUUCUCCUCUCUCUUCCAUAAUUGCUUAGUUGCCCAUUUCACUUGCACACCCAGCUGCCUGUGCAACACACAAACAUCACAGUCAGCUGGAGAGUCGCAGAAAUCAAGUGGAUUGUGUUCACAUUCCACGGCUGGGACCAAGCGCAUUCCUGUUACAUGGCUCCAGAUUGUUCCUGUUGGCAAGAUGCAACCUGUUACACCCUUUAAUUAAGCGCACUUGAGACAUCUGACACAAUUUAUGAGUGAGAACAUUCUUCCCUCAUUUGACAGAUGUUCACAACAUCUCUUAAGAAAUUAAAUCAUAUCGCCUUAGGAGUCAGAGAAAGUCAACAUGAGGCCAUGGGUGUGAGCUAAUGUUACACGUCCACACUGCUAGUCAGGUGGAAGAAGGGUUGGCCCAGAAGACCAGGACCUUCCUUCCACUCACCGAGCUGUCAAAGAGGACGAGUCCUAGAGCUGGACAUCAGCUUUCAAAAGGGCUGUCUGAUCUCACCUUCGAUGGCCAGGAGAGCCUACGCUGAACCCAAGUAGAAAAUACAGCAUCAUCUGAAACGGUGGUUGGAGCCCCUUUCCUGUGUUUCCUUCAUAUUGUGCUUAGUGAUUUAACAGGCAUCAUGGCCUCGCCGGGCCUCGAUGUUUCCCCAGCAGCUACCUUUGAUGUUGAUAGUGGUGGCUGUGGACCCACAAUGAAUCAUUCUUUCAGAAUUCCCCGGGCUUAUCAGUGGUGUUGGUUACGUUAUGGUUAGCAUUGGUGUUGCUGCUGAUGGUAGUUUAUGUCAUGAUUAUUGUAGUUAGUGCUGGUGUUACAGUGUUAGCACCCGGUCUUUUGUGUCAGUGUCUCGGGACCUCAUAAUUCUGAGCAGAGCUAAAACACUGGUGUCGGACCUUGCAAAGAUCCACGCUGCGUAGCCUGUGGAGCACACCGCAGGGACGAGGAGGCAGUGCCUCUGUUUGGUUUUCACGUCUUGCUCCUACACCCUGGAGGCUUUGGAGGAGUGGAGGUUGUCUGCCUGCCAGAGUUGUAGACUCAGCCCGUCUGUCAUUUGAGCCCUGGUCCCCACCGACACAUCUACCUCUCUGUGCGACGCCUGCAGUAGGUGUGACUGCGACAAAUUUCAACUGAAAACGCUAUGAUAACAUUUUAUCUUUUGCUUUAAAAAUGUCUUUUGUUUUCAAAUAAACUGACAUGUCCUUGGCUACUUCUCCUUUUA